UCGCAGGUAGGGCAAAUCCCCCUCAGUUCCCUUUUCCCUCUUCUUUCGAAUCUUAACACAGAAACAGUCGAAUCUGCCUCUAUCGCCGCCGCCUCAAUGUCUGAGGUUGAUAAUAGAAACUCUUCUGCAGCGAAGCGUGCUAGAACCGAUGGUAGUCGAAGGGAAGAUGAUUGGACAUGUCCUAGUUGUGGGAAUGUCAAUUUUUCAUUUAGAACUACUUGCAAUAUGCGCAAUUGCACUCAACCCAGGCCAUCUGUUCAUAAUUCAAAAUCUGCAGGCAAGCCUCUCCAAGCGCCACAGAGUUACUCGUCCUCUGCUCCUUAUGUAGGUUUUGGACCAUCUUCGGUGUAUCUCGGUGUACCACCAUAUGGUUCUUCCCUUUUCAAUGGUUCCCCUGUUCCUCCUUAUGAAGCUCCUUUUUCUGGAGGAUCGGCUUAUCAUUACAAUUAUGGUAAUCGUCUUUCUGGUGGCAGUCCCUACCGGCAGCUGCAUGUGCCUGCUGGACCACCCCCUUAUUCUACUGGGUCAAUGAUAGGGAAUGGUCUUGGUGGGAUGUAUGGCGUGCCCCCUUUGAUGGACCGGUAUGGAAUGGGGUUGCCAGUGGCCCCUCCUCCAAUGGGACCAAGGCCAGGAUUUUUUCCAGAUGAUAAAUUUCACAAAAAAGGUGCAAAUGCUACUCGUGAUGAUGAUUGGAAAUGCCCAAACUGUGGGAACGUUAACUUCUCUUUCAGAACUGUCUGUAACAUGCGGAAAUGCAAUACACCGAAGCCUAGAUCUCAGACUCCAGAAUCAAAUAAAAGUUCAAAACAAAAGAUGCCAGAGGGAAGCUGGAAGUGUGAGAAAUGUAGCAAUAUUAACUAUCCAUUCAGGACUAAAUGCAACAGACAAAAUUGUGGAGCUGAGAAACCAGCCGAAUCAAAGAAGUCCCCCACACCAAUUGCAAACGAGAAUGAUCAGUGAGUACUAGGACAUGUUUGAGGGUUGAGAACAUCCAGAGUUAUCGUCCACCAUUGCUCAAUAUGGGUGUCUGAAAGACAGUCUUGUCGUCCUCGUUUUGCAGCGGUUGUAAAGUCUGUCUUGUCGUCCUCGUUUUGCAGCUGUUGUAAAGUUACUAUUCGUUCUCAUGAUCAGUGUCCAUUUUUUGUAUUAUGCUAUGGUACUUGUGGUCUUUGUGGAUCGUUGGUGCAUUAUGUGUCAGCCAUCUUAAUCUGGAAAAUGUUUACAGGUUGGUUUUGUAUUUUGCAAUCAACUCAGCUAUUCUAGUGAGCAUGUUACUGUCAACUUAGAUAUAUUGGUAGUCGGUAAAAACACUGCAAGUUGCACAUUUCUUGG